UCAUUGAAACUUUUAGAAAUGCUCCUAACGGCGUUUACGUUAUUACCAUUAAUAUCGCAUCUUGUUGAGGCGAAACAGAAAGAUUUUUACACAUUUAAAGUUGUAAAUAGUAGAGGGCGAUUAGUGUCUUUGGAAAAAUACAGGGGCUCGGUUUCACUGGCGGUGAAUGUAGCCAGUGAGUGUGGCUUUACUGAGGAGCAUUACAAGGAUCUACAGCAGCUGCAGCGGGACUUUGGGCCGUACCAUUUCAACGUGCUUGCCUUCCCCUGCAACCAAUUCGGACAGCAGGAGCCCGGCAGCGACAAAGAGAUUGACAGCUUUGUGCGGCGUGUCUAUGGCGUCUCCUUCCCCCUCUUCAGCAAGAUCGCUGUGGUUGGUACAGGAGCUAACAAUGCAUUCAAGUACCUUACUGAAUCGUCUGGAAAAGAGCCUGAUUGGAAUUUCUGGAAGUACCUCAUCGACGUGAAUGGCAAAGUUGUUGAUGCUUGGGGUCCGACCGUCUCUGUGAAAGAAAUUCGUCCAAAAAUAGCUGAACUGAUACGGCAGAUUAUUAUCAAAAGAAAAGAGGAGCUUUAG